AUGAAGGGUCAUAAAAACAAAGAAAUUGAAUCAAAAUCAUCAAUUAAUAUAAAUCAACAACAACAACAACAAUCAUCACAACAACAACAACAACAACAGUCUAAACCAAAAUCAUAUGGAUCAACAAUUAAAUCAAAAGGAUGGAAAUUAAAAGAUAACAUUAAAUCAUUCCAACUAGACAAACAAGUAGUUACAAGUGACUCUUACUUUUUAACCAAUUGGGAUGUAUUGGCACCAUUCCCAAUCACCGACAGAGAAUAUGGAAGUGAUAUUUUGGAUGCAUUUGGAGGUAUUAGAAACAUACCAAGAGGUGACAAGUCAACCUACCCUUCUGAUUUGACCGAUGACGGUCGUGUUGGAUGGCAAGAGGUGACUGCCGACUCGGAGAGCGGGAUGGUUGCCAUCACAUACAACGAGACCAAUGGUAAUGUCAACUGGCCACUCAUAGAGGCGUGGGCAGGCGAGACUGCAUCGUUUUUUGGUGGUUGGGCAAUCGCCGACUUUGAACUCGACCAAGAAGAAACUGUACUCAUUAUCUGUCAAGGUCAAGAUAAACUCUACUUGGAUGAGACUAUAUUGCAAGGUGAUACUUAUGGUAUGGGUAUCAUGUACAAUUCUAUCCUCUUGUUGCCUGGUAAUCACACUGUCUACGUCAGAAUAUCUGGGUCGGAAGGAUUCGAGUUUAGUUGUCAAAUCCAACUGAUCGAGACUAAUCAAUCACCAACCUUACUUAUGAUCAACGAUGUCAUUGUACCAGACAUUGUCGGCGGUCAAUUUGUAUCGGCCUAUUUGUCGCUGACCGUUCUCAAUAUGCUCAACCAGAGUAUCAACGUCAUCGAGGCCAGUGCCCAAACACCAUACAUUCUCCAACUCGUCAAGCGUCCACCCAUUGAAGCCGGACAGGUCGUCCCCAUCUUUUUGGUGAUUAGCAGUCAAACAAAAAUCACCUGUUCGAGCGCCAACACGUUAGAAAUACCUGCAACUAUCACGACAGAUCAAUCGGAUUAUAUCCCACUGACACUCAACUUUACUUGCCGUUCGUUUGGUGAUCCCUUCACCUUUACCUUUUUAGACUUUGAUCAGUCGGUUCAAUACUCGUCGGCCAUUCCACCCAUUGAAAAGUGUCCCGCUGCCGGUUGCUCCAUCAUCCUCACCAUGCACGGUGCUGGUGUCGACGCCAAGGCUGGUGGUGCCUGGACUAGCUCCUAUCAAAGACAAAAUAACUCUUGGAUCCUCCUACCAACCAAUCGUAGAGAGUAUGGUUGGGAUUGGCAAGGUCCAGGAUUAAAGAACGCAUGGAGUGCAUUGGAUUAUCUAACUUCAAUGUUACCAAGUGUUCCAAAUGGACAACAAUACAAAUACGCUGCCAAUUAUUCAAGAUUAAUGUAUGCAGGACAUAGUAUGGGAGGACAUGGAUGCUGGCAUGUAUCAACUCACUAUCCAGACUUGUCGAUUGCCGUGGCAGUCGCUGCCGGAUGGAUAGACUAUCAAACAUAUCUACCAUUCUUUUUGAGAUUGGGUGAUAGUUGGACUGACCCAUUUGUCAGAUACUUGUUGGACGCUUCCAUCUCUCACCACAACGUAGACAUGUAUACCCCACAUCUUGCAGGUAUCCCAUUGAUUGCUAGAUUUGGAACGAUUGAUGAUAAUGUCCCACCAUACCAUCUCAGACGUAUGGUCAGAUUGGUCGAUGAAAUCACAAGAAAUACAACAUUUGGACAGAUUUCUGCUGUUGCAGGUGAAGGUCAUUGGUUCAAUGGUGUUGUAGAUGAUGCUAUUAUGCAAGCAUUUUUCAAUGAGAAUGCUCAACAAGGUCGUCCAGCCCUGCCACAACAAUUCGUCGUCACCUCUCUCAACCCUCAAAACAGUGGUAGUCGUGGAGGUAUCCAAAUUCUUCAACUCACCGAAGUUGGUCGUGUCGGUAAACUCUUUGUCAAUCAAACUCAGACAUCACAAGGUUUGAAGUGGAUUAUUACCUCUCAAAAUGUUAGACGUUUUGGUUUUGUUCCAUUUGACGAGUGUCCACAAUCAAUUGAACUCGAUGGUGACUCUUUUAGUUACCAUCAAUACCCACAAAUCACAUACUUUAGCGAUGAAGGUUGGGAUACUACCGGUAACAAUGAAUGGUUAUUACAAGAGAAGCAGCCACUCACCUAUGGUCCCAUCUCUUUGGUUCUGGAAUUCCAACUCACCAUUGUCUAUGGUACCAAAGGAACCUAUGAACAGGAGGUAGCCAAUCGUGAGAUUGCCAUUUAUUUGGCCAACACUCUCUACUAUCAAGAACGUUAUUCGGUCACUGUCAUGCCAGACACUGAUUUCACAUCAUCUGUCUUUGCCAUGUCCAAUGUUAUCCUCAUCUCUGGUCCACAAGCCAACGCUGCUUCCAACUCGAUCAAGAGUACCUUCCCAGUACAAUACAGAAGCGAAGGUGGAUUUAUGAUUGGUCCAAAUACAUUUACUGGUGAUGGUCUUGGUUUAGUCUUCCUCUCACCAUGUCCAAGCUCUGUUACCAGACAAGGUUGUUUAAUUGCAAUGAUUGAUGGUACCGAUGCCGAUGGUCUCUACAAGGCUCUCAACCUAUUCCCCAUUAAAAGUACCUAUGCCGUGCCAGACUAUGCCGUCACCUCUGGUAACAAUUAUGGUUAUUCUGGUAGUGCCGGUUUAAUGGCACUUGGUUUUUGGAAUAAUCUUUGGCAAUUUGAUUCUUCCAAUAGUUAUUAUUCAACUAUUCAAAAUUAA